CCACCCCAAUAUUACGUGGCACAGCAUCUUAAUCCAUGAACAAUUUCCCACCACUCCCACCACCGCCGUUUCACAUCACUGAAACGGAAACAACCAACUCAUCAGCUCUCUCACUCAGCGUCGUCCCGUCGCAAGGAAUUUAAUUCCCUUCUUUCUUCUUCACUUCCCAAUGUAGUGGGCGAAUAAUAAUCCCAACUUCCAUAUGUUCCUUGCUCCAACACUUCCACUGCAAUUUCCUAAUCCCAUCACCAUUGGCAUCUCCCCUAAUAUUCCCGAAUCCGAUUCUCUCUCACUCCCUCCUCAUCCUCUCCCCAAAUGCCUAUUUAAAUCAAUCAUGCGAAUUCCCAAGAAACCCGCUUCCUUCUGCCUCGCUUUGUUUUCACCUGACCUCUCCACUUCCCCUUCCUCUCUCUCUCCCCACUUUCGCUUCACUUCCGCCAUUCUCAGGAAAUCAGAUCGCUCCCGCUCUCCCGGAAAAAGAAAAGGCAUUCAUACCGUAGGUCAAUUGCAUGCCAGCUAUUCAAUGGAAAAAGGCUACGAGACUGCUGUAGGACGUGACAACUCUUCACGUUUUUCACAUUUGGGUUCCAGUGAUGGUGGUCAACAGCCAUGUGUAUGGUCAUCUCCCCAAGGAGGAUGUAAAAUUGACAUAAGAAAGCAGAUCUUCUGCAACAGAUCGUUGAAUAUGAGGAGUAUUCUUGCGGUAGGGUUUGAUAUGGAUUACACAUUGGCACAAUACAAGCCAGAAACCUUUGAGUCUCUUGCAUAUGAUGGAACUAUCCGGAAAUUGGUGUAUGAUUUAGGAUACCCACGUGAGUUGCUGGAUUGGUCCUUUGAUUGGACAUAUAUGGUCAGAGGCUUGGUUCUGGAUAAGAAGAGAGGAAACAUCUUGAAGAUGGAUCGGCAUAAGUAUGUGAAAGUUGCCUACCAUGGAUUCAAAGAGUUGUCUAAGGAAGAUAAAGUUGGCACCUAUGGAAAUACAUUAAUACGGGAUUCCUUUGACGAGCCUGAUUAUGCUCUCAUUGAUACCCUCUUUUCUUUAGCUGAAGCUUACCUAUUUGCUCAAUUGGUAGACUUCAAAGACAAAAAUCUGGAAAAAAUUCCAAAGGGUGCCGAUUACUCUGUUAUGUAUAAGGAUGUUCGAGCUGCAGUUGAUUUAUGCCACCGUGAUGGAACUUUAAAGCAAAUGGUAGCAAAAGACCCUAAAAGGUAUAUUAAUGAAGAUACAACCAUAGUUCCCAUGCUCAAAAUGCUGAGAGAUUCUGGCCGUGCUACAUUCUUGGUGACAAACAGUUUAUGGGACUACACAAACAUAGUAAUGAAUUUCCUCUGUGGGUCACGCACAUUGGAUGGUAGUAGAAAAUGCAAUUUCGACUGGCUUCAAUACUUUGAUGUUGUCAUCACUGGCAGUGCAAAGCCAAGCUUCUUCCAUGAAGGUAAUCGUGCUAAUCUGUUUGAGGUUGAUCAUGAGUCUGGGAUGCUACUUAAUACUGAUAAUGGUUCUCCUAUGGCUCAGGUUGGAAGUUCUUCACCUAGAUUAUCACUGAAGGGAGUUAAGGCUUGUAGAGUUUUUCAGGGAGGCAGUGUUGGUCAUCUUCAUAAACUGCUUUCAAUUGAGUCAAGUUCACAGGUUCUUUAUGUUGGUGAUCAUAUAUAUGGAGAUAUUUUGCGCAGCAAAAAGGUUCUUGGGUGGAGAACAAUGCUUGUUGUUCCGGAGCUAGAGAGGGAGGUCGAACUCCUAUGGGAAUUGAGAGAUACACGCAAGCAACUUCGAAAGUUGAGGAAUGAACGCGAUCUCAUUGAAGACAAAAUACAUCAUUUAAAGUGGUCUCUGAAAUUUGAAGAUACCAGUGCCGACGAGAAGCAAAAGCUAUCUUCUGAAUACAAUGCUUUGGAGUCUGAAAGAGAUCGAGUUCGGAUCACUCAUCAAGAUGCACAACGAGAAUGUCACAAAAUGUUUCACAAGAUUUGGGGACAACUCAUGAAGACUGGUUAUCAGAACUCUCGCUUUGCUCAUCAGGUCGAGAGAUUUGCCUGCCUUUAUACUAGCCAAGUUUCCAACUUAAGCCUCUACUCCCCAGACAAAUACUACAGACCCAGUGAAGACUACAUGCCCCAUGAAUUCGAUAUUAUUCCCUUGUGAAACAUUUUGAGAAGAAGAACAAGAGGCAAGCAUUUUAGGGAGGAGCAUAGUUAGUUGUUCGGCUUUGGGAAGCAUCAAAACAGAGCUUGUACAAAGCUUAUUUCCCCCCAUAAAUGAUUUGCUUCAAUAGAAUAACUGUAAGCCAAGUGCUUAAGCAAUGCACUUUCAUUGCCCCUAAAGUGGUACAAACUAUUUUCGACCGUUAAGGUGGUGAUUGCUAUGGAUGCCUAGAUUCUUGCGUUUUA